GCUAGAAGAUGAUAUACUUAACCUCAAGGGCUAAGCAAUUAUAUUAACUUCCUCAUGUUCUCUUUCUCAUUGAGCAGCCAAGCUCCCAAUUCACACGCUUUUUGACAGGCUAUAUAAGAAGAUCCACACUACCCAUUUCCAUACAGAUCUCUUAGAACUCACAGACUUGGAAAACUUCUCAGGUGGUGGUGGCAGAAGAAAGCCUUGCAAGUUCAGGCAUUGCCUUAGUGGUAGAGAGCUGACUAUGGGACCUGGGGGUGGUGGUGGGGGUCGUGGGGGUGGUGGUGGUGGUGGUGGUGGUGGUCCUGGGGGUGGAGGUGGCGGCUGGGGUGGCGGUGGUCCUGGGGGUGGUGGCGGUGGUCCUGGGGGUGGUGGCGGCGGCUGGGGUGGUGGGGGCGGUGGUCCUGGGGGUGGUGGCGGCGGCUGGGGUGGAGGUGGUGGUGGUGGUCCAGGAGGCCCUGGUUUCUUCCUAGGAGGUUGCUGUGGUGGCUUAUGCCACAUGAUAGGUGCUUGCUUAAAUUGCCUGUGCUGUUGCUGGUUGUGGCGAGAUUGUUUCGGUGGACCCCGCGGCGGUCCCGGUGGCGGUGGCGGCCCUCGUUGAUGAACUGAGAUUGCUUUGUUGGAUUACUUGAGCAAUUAAAUCCUGUGUUCUCUCAGUGAUAAAAGAAUAAUAGUUCCUGGUUUCUCAGUUGCUUCACAUGUAUGUACUGCCCAUUUUCUUCCUUUCUUUGUAAAUGGAGAGAGAAUGAUGGAGUUAUCAUCUUGUAUCAGACCUUGUUACUUUAUGUUUAGUUAUGAAAUUUGUUGAUUUCUCUCUCUCUCUCUCUCAAAUUAUGUUCACAUCUGUGAAUGGCAAGUAACAUGUGACUAGUUGCCUAAACCACAACAUUAACUUUUCUUAUCAGCAUUUACAAAGUGAUUAAAGCCACCCUCAAAUUUUUUUCGCAGAAGAGGGAAGUAGCCCAAUUAAUUAAAAAGCCUGGGUGAUGGCUUAGAUGAGGACUGAGGUGAUUUGAACUUAAUUGGAUGGAAAAACAUCCAUUUUUUGCUAAAAUGUUGGAAUUGUUGAGAGCUAUGAGAAUAUGGAUGAAUCUGCUUCACGAUCUCUGCUCGGUCCUGCUUAAGCUACAAAAUCCAUUCUGCUUUAUUUUGACUGUGUUUGGUCGGCUAUUGUUUGGGUAUUACUUGCUGGUGAAAUACUACGACAUAAAAAGAAUGGAUACAGGGAAACUGAUACAGGUACGAAUAUGGACACGUCGGUUCUGAAUAAACGGGGACACGAACAUGAUGAGGGACAUGCAAGAAAAUGUAGAUAUAUGAAGAUAAAUAUCUAGCUUUAUCCAUACCAUUCCAUCAGAAAUUAACCAAGCACAUCAAGCAGUUGGCAGUGUCGGUACCAUGCUUCAGAGUACAACUGCUUCUAAUACGACUUUCAUAGGGAUCAAUUCUGCAUUCGCGUUUUAUUGUAACGUAGUUUUCCUCUCUUCAGGGAUGUUAUAUACUCCACGGCUAAUGAAUAAAUAAACAAGAGGAAGAAAACAAAAAUAUGAAGGAAUUACAUGUUUGAUAUUUCUCCACCGUCGGCUAUGAGUGAGGAAUGAGGAUAAAUGAGUGACAGCGUAGGGAACAUGCAUCCAAAAAGUGCUUGUUCUGAUGUCUCAAAGAUAAGUACGCCAUUUAUGCUCUAAAAACUAGUAUGUUUGAAUUUUGAAUGUUAGGUCUAAGAGAACUGCAGUUGCUUUCUUUGAAUGGUAGGUUGAUAACUUAGAAGUGUUGCAUUGGUCGAGGCAGAAGACUUAAAACCUUAAGGUCUAAGGCAAUUAUCUAAAUUCCUUGUGUUCUCUCUAUAUAAAAGCAGAAGCCAAGCUCCAAAUUCACACGCUUUAUUGAUCUACUACUAAUAACAAGAUUAAUACUACCCAUUUCCUCGAGGAUCUCUUAGAACUCAAGACAUUGAAAAUCUUCCUGGUGGUGGUGGCAGAAGCAGCCUCGAGAGUCCGGGCAUUGCCUCAGUGGUAGAGAGCUGAAUAUGGGUCCAGGAGGACCUGGAGGUGGGGGUGGUCCUGGUGGUGGUGGUGGUGGCUGGGGUGGACCUGGGGGUGGUGGUGGCUGGGGCGGACCUGGGGGUGGUCCUGGUGGUGGCUGGGGAGGUCCGGGGGGCGGACCUGGUGGUGGUUGGGGAGGUCCGGGAGGUGGUCCUGGUGGUUGGGGAGGUCCUGGGGGUCCCGGUGGCUGGGGAGGUCCAGGAGGCCCUGGUUUCUUUCCAGGAGGAGGCUUCGGCUUCGGGGGACCUGGUGGUUUCUUUGGUGGCUUAUGCAACAUGAUAGGUUCUUGCUUGUCUUGCCUUUGCUGUUGCUGGUUGCUACAAGAUUGUUUCGGUGGACCUCCGGGCCCUUAUGGACCUCCCGGAGGAGGUCCUGGUCCUUUCUGAUUUUGCUGAGCAUCAAUAUGAUGAAUUUAGAUUGCCUUGUCGGCUUACUUCUGAAAUAAAAUUCCUAUUUCGUUUGUAUAAGUUUACGGUUCCUGGUUUCUCAGCUUCUUGAUAUUCAUAUGCUAGCCAUUUUCUUCCUCUCUUUGGAAAUGGAUGAUGGAUUUGUCAUAUUGUAUCAGGCCUUGUCACUUUCUGCUAAGUUUAUGAAAUACAUUGACUAUUAGUGAA